GGCAGUAAGUGAGUGCUAACACAGGGGGCUGGGUUUAAACGCGCUGCUACUGUAACGCUGCUGGGCUUCGAUGCCUGUGCCAGUCUCGCGUAAAACCUUCACAGAACAGCAAUGAGCGCGUGCAUGACGGUCUAACGGAGAACUGCUGAUGAAAAGGCGUGAUGUCAAGCCGCUGUCAGUGUCAAAAGACUGGGGGAAUGUGCCGUGCACUUGGCAUAUGCGCUUGUGAAUGACCAUCAUCCGGCAUCGACAGACGACGCGUUGAAUUUUGCUGCAUAGAUCAGUUACCUGAAGCCGCUCGGCGACCGUUCAUUCAUCGUUUUCUUGCAUACAAGAAAUCUUCGAGGAAUUGUUUUUUUUUUUUUUUGAAGGUGCUACCUUUGAGGCUUCGGCGUUCAGUCGGAUGUGGAUCUAUCUGUCAAAACUGAGCUGAACGCAGAGGCAUCUUUAAACUGAACAUUAGAUACCAUCCUCAGCUCUCUUCUGGAUUGUAGAAAAAUGUGAAGACUGUGGUGGGGCGCUGGACCACAUAGUUAGCCUACAGACUACGAGGACGACUGUUAAGCUUUCUGAUACUUCUUUAAACUCUUAAUUUUCUAACCUGACGGGUCCCUAGGACCAUGGAGGGACAGCGGGAUUCAAAGAGGACUUUGAAACAAAACCCUGGAUGUUUUUCCAAAUUGUCCUUUAUGUGGUGGUUGUUAGUCUUAAUCUUGCCUGAAGUGUCCUGUGAACAGUCCUUUACAACAUUUCACCCUGAGCGACGAGAAUGGGCCUUCAACCACAUGACGGUUCACAAGAAGACAGGAGCACUCUACAUUGGUGCUGUCAACCGAGUCUACCAAUUAGCAGGCAACCUGACACUCCUAGUAUCCCAUGAUACUGGUCCAGAAGAUGACAACAAGGCCUGCUACCCUCCACUUAUCGUUCAGCCUUGCACUGAACCUCUGGUUUCUACCAACAACAUCAACAAACUCUUACUCAUCGACUACUCUCAGAACCGACUACUUGCCUGCGGAAGCCUCUACCAAGGUGUCUGCAAACUGCUACGGUUGGACGACCUCUUCAUCCUGGUGGAGCCCUCUCACAAAAAAGAGCACUACCUCUCCAGUGUCAACCAGACUGGCACCAUGUAUGGAGUGAUUGUCCCCUCACAGGGUAAGGAUGGGACCCUCUUCAUUGGUACAGCUGUGGAUGGGAAGCAAGACUACUUUCCAACCAUCUCAAGUAGGAAGCUUCCUCUUGACCCGGAGUCUUCAGCUAUGCUGGACUAUGAGUUACACACUGACUUUGUUUCAUCACUCAUCAAGAUUCCCUCCGAUACCUUGGCAUUGGUCUCUCAUUUCGACAUCUACUACAUCUAUGGUUUUGCCAGUGGCAACUUCGUCUACUUCCUGACCGUGCAACCCGAGACGCCUGAGAACAGCAUGUCUUCCAGCGGGCCCUCAAACGACCUGUUUUAUACCUCUCGAAUCGUCCGGCUUUGCAAAGAUGACCACAAAUUCCACUCCUAUGUGUCAUUGCCUAUUGGUUGUGUCCGAAACAGAAUUGAGUACCGCCUUCUACAAGCAGCCUACUUGGGCAAACCUGGACGAGUGCUUGCAGCAUCCCUCAACAUAAGUGCCCAAGACGAUGUGCUCUUUGCUAUCUUUUCCAAAGGUCAAAAACAGUACCUUCAUCCACCUGACGACUCGGCCCUCUGCGUCUUCAGCAUCCGGGACAUCAAUGCACAGAUCAAGGAGCGUAUGCAGUCCUGCUAUCAAGGAGAGGGGAACUUGGAGCUCAACUGGCUGUUGGGAAAGGAUGUACCUUGUACCAAAGCACCCGUCCCUAUUGAUGACUCCUUCUGCGGUUUGGACAUCAACCAGCCCCUUGGCGGCUCUCAGCUGGUGACCGGACACACGCUUUAUACGGAAAGCCGUGAUCGCAUGACCUCGGUGACCUCCUACGUCUAUAAUGGCUACUGUGUGGCUUUCGUCGGCACCAAGAGUGGACGGCUGAAGAAGAUUCGUGUUGACGGUCCUCCUCAGGGUGGCGUCCAGUAUGAAACUCUGCCGGUCAUCAAAGACGGAAGCCCUAUUCUCAGAGACAUGGCCUUUUCCCUGGACAACAGCUACAUCUACGUCAUGUCGGAGAGACAGGUCACACGGGUGCCGAUCGAGUCCUGUGAGCAGUAUGGCACGUGUGGAGAGUGUCUGAGCUCCGGAGAUCCACACUGUGGCUGGUGUGUGCUGCAUAACAUAUGUUCUCAAAGGGAUCGUUGCGAGCGGGCAAACGAGCCGUACCGCUUCGCCGCUACACUGAACCAGUGUGUGAAAGCCACGGUGUACCCGGACAGUAUCGCCGUGUCUGAACCCAGCGUACCGCUGCUGGUGAAAGUGACAGAUGUUCCGGAUCUUUCCGCUGGAAUCACAUGCUCCUUCGGGAACCUGACGGAGGUUGAGGGCAGAGUGGAUGGGAAUCAGAUUCUCUGCCUUUCUCCCGCUGCUAAAGAUGUUCCCAUCAUCCCCACAGAUCAAGACUGGUCGGGUGUGGAGCUCAGACUGAACUCGAAGGAGACGGGUCAGAUGCUAAUUAGCACAGAGGUGAAGUUCUACAACUGCAGCGUGCACCAGCUGUGUCUUUCCUGUGUGACCAGUUCCUUCCGCUGCCACUGGUGCAAGUACAGAAACCUCUGCACCCACGACCCCUCCAGCUGCUCUUUCCAGGAGGGACGCGUCAAUGCCUCAGAGGACUGUCCUCAACUGGUCCGCUCUGAGGAGAUCCUGAUCCCGGCAGGGGAGGUGAAGCCCAUCACACUGAAAGCCCGGAACCUUCCGCAACCUCAGUCGGGUCAGCGCGGCUACGAGUGUGUGUUACACAUACAAGGAGUCAGUCACAGAGUCACGGCGCUCAGAUUCAACAGCUCCAGUGUGCAGUGCCAGAACAGCUCGUAUCUGUAUGAAGGGAUGAGGAUCAGUGAGCUGCCGGUGGAUUUCUCAGUGGUGUGGAAUGGAAACUUCAUCAUUGACAAUCCUGAGAACAUCAAAGUGCACCUGUAUAAGUGUGGUGCUCAGAGGGACAGCUGUGGCGUGUGUUUGAAGGCAGAGAGGAAGUUCCAGUGUGGUUGGUGCAGUAUGGAGGGCCGCUGUACCCUACGCCAGCACUGUCCCAUGUCCAACCCCUACACCAGCCGCUGGCUUCACCUCGCCAGCACAAACGUCAAGUGCACCAACCCUCGCAUCACUGAGGUGACCCCAGUGGCCGGACCACCAGAAGGGGGCACCAGAGUGACCAUCCGUGGUGUGAAUCUAGGCUUGUCCUUCUCAGACAUGGUCAACAACGUGCAGAUAGCAGGAGUCCAGUGCACCCCACAGGAGAAUGGCUACAUUAUUGCUGAACAGAUUGUGUGUGAGAUGGAUACAGCUCCCACUGACAGUAAACCCGGCCCAGUCCAUUUGUGUGUAGGGGAGUGUAAGCCGGAGCUCCAAACGCGCUCUUCUCAACUCUAUUCCUUUGUGAUGCCAUCGGUCACAGGAUUGUCCCCCAGUCGGGGUCCAGAGUCCGGAGGAACUAAAGUGACCAUAAUGGGGGAAAACCUGGGAGCAGGCAGCAGCGUCAGUGUGCUUUUUGGGAACCAGACCUGCGAGUUUUAUGAACGGACUAUGAUGGAGAUCGUGUGUUACUCUGCCCCUUCUCUGACGGGUGUGGGGCCGGUUCAGAUCAGCGUGAGCGUGGAUCGUGCCCAGGUCCGAGAGAGCCUGACUUUUGAGUAUAUAGACGACCCCACCGUUCAACGCAUCGAACCGGAAUGGAGCAUUGCGAGCGGACACACACCUCUGGUGGUGACCGGGACUAAUUUGGAUGCCAUACAGGAGCCGAGGAUUCGGAUCAAGUACGGCGGGCGGGAAUCUGUAAAUGUGUGCAAGGUUCUGAACAUCACGACUAUGAGCUGUUUGGCCCCCUCGCUGACAGCCGAGUACAGGCCGGGUUUGGAUUCAGUCAAGCACGCAGACGAGUUUGGCUUCAUCUUCAAUAAUGUGCAAGCUCUUCUAGUGUACAACAACACUAACUUCAUGUACUAUCCCAAUCCUUACUUUGAGCCUCUCAGCACCAAUGGCAUACUGGAACAGAAACCUGGCUCGCCUAUCAUUUUAAAGGGUAAAAAUCUGGUUCCUUCGGCCGCUGGAGGAGUGAAGCUUAAUUACACUGUUCUGAUAGGAGAGACUCCCUGUUCAGUCACAGUAUCUGAAUCUCAACUGCUGUGCGAACCACCAAACCUCACCGGCCAGUACAAAAUCAUGGUGCAGGUCGGUGGUCUGCAUGUGUCCCCUGGCUCAGUAAACAUUCUCUCUGACAGCCUCCUGACUCUUCCUGCCAUUGUCAGCAUCGCUGCCGGCGGCGGCCUCCUUCUCAUCAUCGUCAUCCUUGUGCUUAUUGCCUACAAGCGUAAAUCCCGCGAGAACGACCUCACACUCAAACGACUCCAGAUGCAAAUGGACAACCUGGAGUCCAGGGUCGCGCUGGAGUGCAAAGAAGCUUUUGCAGAACUGCAGACAGACAUUAAUGAGUUGACGAGUGAUCUGGACCGGGCCGGAAUUCCCUAUCUGGAUUACCGCACAUAUGCCAUGAGAGUGUUAUUCCCCGGCAUCGAGGACCAUCCUGUGCUCAGAGAGCUGGAGGUCUCUGGUAAUGGGCAGCUGUGCGUUGAAAAAGCUCUGAAGCUGUUUGCCCAGCUGAUAAACAACAAGGUGUUUUUGUUGACAUUCAUCCGUACGCUAGAAAUGCAGCGCUCCUUCUCCAUGCGUGACCGUGGCAAUGUGGCGUCGCUAAUAAUGACGGCUCUCCAGGGUCGACUGGAAUAUGCCACGGAUGUGCUCAAACACCUGCUGUCCGACCUCAUCGACAAGAACCUGGAGAGCAAGAACCAUCCCAAACUGCUUCUCAGGAGGACAGAGUCUGUUGCUGAGAAGAUGCUAACCAACUGGUUUGCUUUCCUGCUUCAUAAGUUCUUGAAGGAGUGUGCAGGUGAGCCGCUCUUCAUGCUGUACUGUGCUAUAAAACAGCAGAUGGAAAAAGGCCCAAUAGACGCCAUCACUGGAGAAGCCCGAUACUCCCUCAGCGAGGACAAACUCAUCCGACAACAGAUUGACUACAAGACGCUGAUCUUAAACUGCGUCAACCCAGAGAACGAGAACAGCCCGGAGAUCCCAGUCAAGGUUCUGAACUGCGACACCAUCACGCAGGUCAAAGAGAAGAUUCUGGAUGCCGUCUAUAAGAACAUGCCGUAUUCACAGAGACCCAAAGCUGUGGACAUGGACCUGGAGUGGCGUCAGGGACGAAUGGCCCGAGUAGUCCUGCAGGAUGAAGACAUCACCACUAAGAUUGAAAAUGAUUGGAAGAGGCUCAACACACUCAUGCACUACCAGGUAUCAGAUCGCUGUGUGGUUGCUUUGGUGCCCAAGCAGACGUCCUCCUACAACAUUCCACCCACAACUAGCAUCUCUCGAACUUCUAUCAGUAGAUAUGACUCAUCAUUCCGGUACACUGGCAGUCCGGACAGCCUGCGCUCCCGUGCUCCUAUGAUCACCCCGGAUCUAGAGAGUGGAGUCAAAGUAUGGCACCUGGUGAAGAACCAUGAGCACGGAGACCAGAAGGAGGGUGACCGCGGCAGCAAGAUGGUGUCUGAGAUCUACCUCACUCGCCUGCUGGCCACUAAGGGUACACUGCAGAAAUUCGUGGAUGACCUGUUCGAGACUCUUUUCAGUACGGUGCACAGGGGCAGCGCGCUUCCAUUAGCUAUUAAAUACAUGUUUGACUUCCUGGAUGAACAAGCGGACAAGCACAGCAUUCAUGACACUGACGUCCGCCACACCUGGAAAAGCAACUGCCUUCCUCUGCGUUUCUGGGUGAAUGUGAUCAAGAAUCCCCAGUUUGUUUUUGACAUCCAUAAAAGCAGCAUCACUGAUGCGUGUCUGUCUGUGGUUGCUCAAACCUUCAUGGACUCGUGCUCCACAUCUGAACACAGAUUGGGCAAAGACUCGCCCUCAAAUAAGUUGCUUUAUGCUAAAGAUAUCCCCAACUACAAGAACUGGGUAGAAAGGUACUAUGCCGACAUCAGCAGGCUUCCAGCCAUCUCCGAUCAGGACAUGAACGCGUAUUUGGCUGAACAGGCACGACUGCACUCCAAUGAGUUUAACAUGCUCAGUGCCCUCAACGAGAUUUACUCCUACAUUAGCAAGUACAGCGAAGAGAUCACCGCUGCACUGGAACAGGACGAAACAGCGAAAAAACAACGAUUGGCCUACAAAGUGGAACAACUCAUUGCCGCCAUGUCACUGGAGAGCUGAAAGAAACACAAAGCUGGAACGAAGGACGAAAGACCUUCAAUUAGUCAAACCAUCAUCCAAAGCCUCUUCACACAAAAGAGAGAAACACUGGCUAGAGACUUGACACCAACAGUACUUGUGCUUUUUUUCUACACUUUUGUGAAGAAGUCACCUUUAAGACCAUUGGACAACUAUUUGAUGAAAGCAAGUCACAAGGCUUUGGAGUGGAAACUAUGGAGUUCUGUUUUCAGUUGUCUUUCAUUUUGGACGAGCAGCUUCCUGGAACUUUUUUGUUUACCUGGAUUGUUGUUUUUUUCUUCCUUUAGUUCUUCUGGUUCAAUGUGCCUUGCAUUGAUUUACGUGAUGAAUGCAAGACAUCGAUACUUCCUCAAAAAUGUGCUUGCUAAAACCAUUUCAUGAGGAUUUGACUGAAGGAAACGGACAUCUACUGCCUCGCCAUUACCGUCCAGUUGAUGGCUUUUACUUCCAAAUUUUAUUUUUAUACAUGAGUGCUUUUUGAGUUUGUUUCAUUGAGUCAACUAGUAUAAUUCCUCAUUGUUGGUGUGGCAAAAGUUUAAGUCUCUUUCUUUCCUCGGAAAGCAGCGGCUGCUACCAACACAUGUGUGCAUGUCGACAUGCUAGUACAAACUUAGACUUUCGAUUCCAACUGGCCUGAGAGACCACAAGGCAUCGACAUUGUUUGGGAAAUAAUGACACGCCAACAAAAAGGGGGCCAAAGUUCGACCAGCAUGUACCUAAUUCUCUUGGAUUGACCAGAAGCCAGUAUCAAACUGGAUGAACUCCGCCCUAUGGUCUCUCUAUGUGCAUAUGUCCUGGUUUCUAAAUGUAAGCGUAUGUGAAUGUACAAACAUUACUCUAUUUUGUCUUCGCAUUUUUGUUGCUUUUCUAAAACAGGAGUCAGUUGAGCUGAUCUCCUCAGCACGACGUCCUAAAGAACUGAAAAUCCCUCUCCAUAAUAGCGCUGCUUAGAUUCAAAUACGCAAGUGGCGACGAGUAGCACUUUCAGCUCAAAUGACACAUGGAGAAACCCCACCUUCCCUUUCAAACAAAUGGACUCGCUUGAAAUCAUCUUACCAGAGAGUAUUAAUUAUUAUGUAUGGUCCAAUGUGUGUGUAGUCUGCAUGCAUUAUACAGUACCUCAUAUAAAGAAAAAAAUAGUCUCCUUUCCCAUUUACUCCUAUGUUUAAGUGCCAAGAGGUCACGUUAGUUCUGGAGGACUCAGAGCAAUGCCGAUGAUGUAAUAUACCAUGUCACUUCCUUGCUGUACACACCCGUCGGGAUAAAGUGCCAAAAGAUCACUUAUUUACCCACUUGUCGGUUGAUGCUUUAUUAAGGGAACGGACCCUGUAUACUGUAAAAAAAAAAAAAUAGAAAAUCUCUGGUUUAGAAGGUUCACUUGCAAAUUCAGGUACGAGAAGACCAUGAGCUUGGAAUGGUAUUGGUAAAUAUAAAGUAUUUGUAAAAUACUUUAGGUGUCUGGGAUCUUGAUUGCUUGAGUGGGUUCUUUCCAAUCUCUUUUAUUCCUCCGCCUGACAUGAAGUAUGUCAACAGAACGCAUGAACAAAAGACAACAUAGUUUUCAUUUAUUAUGCAUGAUGGCAGGUAGAGCUGUUUUUGAAGAUCAUCCAAACCAAAAUAGACAAGGUCAUCUUAGGUUCUUCUUAACUUCUCCUCAGCUCAGUUUAUAUGGUAAAAAUGCAGUAUCGGAUGUGAAGAAACGGACUGAAAAAGCUCAAAUGGCGCUUGUUGUUUUUCCCCCUGUGGCCUUAGAACAUUGAAUCUGUUGUUUCUAGUUCAUUUAAUCAGCAACGUGUCAUUUUUCUUCGUCUUUGUUAGCGGUGUUUGAGACUAAUCAGAUAAAGAGAGCCAAUGUGAUGAUGGAGAAGGGUGGAAGAGGCAUGCCCUCGCCCAGACGGGUGCUGGGUGGUGUCUGCUGGAGUAUUUGAGAAGCAUAAGAAUGAGAUGGAGAGAGAGACGGACCCCUUUAGCUUCAGAUUCCUCCUGCUGCUUUGAAGCUCGCCUUUGAUCUCAACUAGUUUGUGCACAGUGUGAUCAGGAGAUUAAAAAAAAAAAAAACAUCAAAAAUAGGUUCCAGUGCAAGAGAUUACAAAUGAAGAGCUGCAUGAAAGACAAUGAAUGAAUCUGUUAAAGGAAUAGAUCACCCAGAAAAUUCUGUCAGUGUUUACUCGUCCUCAUUCAAACCUUGUUCGACUUCCUUUCUUUCAUGAAACACAAAAGGAGACAUUUGGAACUAUAUUUUGGACGAUCUUUCACAUACAAUUGCUAUGAAAAGCAAAUGAUACUUUCAUUUGUCACAAAGGAUGGAAAAGAGCAUCAUGAAGUAGUCCAUAUGUGCUAUACAGCUAUACAGAAGUUUAUCUUCUAAAAUCAUUCAAUAGAUGUGGGAAAGUUAUAAACCAAAAUUUGUGAAUAAAUAGUUUAGACUGGUUUGGGGAACUAAUCCAGUAAGUUCUUUCAAAAGAUCUGCAUUUCCCAAAAGCAUUGUAUGCUUAUGUACAUCAUAGACCCAUUGGGCCUCAUUUACGAAACGAACAUACCACAGAAAAUUGGGUGUACGUUCAUUUCAACGCAAAACUUGGAAUUUAUCAGUAUGGACGUGAGCGUUGGCUACGACAAAAUCUCACAUCUGUACGCAAAGUUUUUGAGUUACCUUAACUUGUGCGCAGCAUAGUAAAUAUGAUGGAGAAUUGUAGAAUGACAGCAUUUUUUAUUUUCCUGACCGACAACCGAAGCUCAUUAGUCGUUUGUUAAACAGUAAGAUUGAAAUGUUUUUAGCUUUAUAUGCGUGAAUAGCAGUGUAAACAUGAGGAUUCAAUCGUCGCAUCGAGCACCUGCAGUGCUUCUGUGAAAGGAGAAAACUAAAAUUAAAUCUAUAAAUUUUAUCAAAUGAAAAAUAUAUAAUAGGCUAUAAUAUAAUGAACAGAUUAACAAUUGGAGAGAAAAAAAACACUGCAACAAAUAAAGGCUACGCUCAUUUUUGUGACACUUUUAAAGCAUUUUAUUUAUUUUCUUUGUAUCUUUAUAUUAUUUUUAUUUUAUAGUUUAAUAUAUACUUUUAUAUAGCUUAAUUGUUUGCAUUUACAAGGUUAAUGGGUGUUUUUGGAGUAAGAUCAAUGUCUCUUUCUUGAGAUUACUUCCUCUUUUUGGCCGGGUUUUGUUUACUCUGUGUCAUAAACUCUAGAGGAAAGGCUUCUAAACCGGGAUGUUUUUAGGGGUGUGAUAUUCAAAUGAGGAUUGUUUUCUGCUGCCACAUUUAUCAACAUGCAAUCAUUCGUACAAUGAGAUUGGUGGUAUAUGGAUGUUUCAUGAAUCACACGUGAACUCUGUCGUAAGUUAAUUUGUGCACACGGAUCUGCACUCUUUCCGGCGUUGGAAUGAGGCCCAAUGAAACCAACAGAGCUACGAUCAACUUAGGCUUACGAUGCUUUUAGGAAAUGCAGCCCUGAAUCCCAAAAAAUUAUUCAGAGCUAUUACAUGAAAAAAAAGGAAAAGUUUAAGGAAAAUAAUGUCAGUUUCUCACACAAAAUUAUUGCACUGCUUUGUUAUUUGUAUGAACUUCUUAUGGCACUUUUGUGUCCUUUUCGAAAGUUGAAAGCUUUAUAAUGGAAUAAUGGCUACAAAAAAGAUCUUGUUCAGUAUAUUUGUCCACUAUAAAUAUCAAAGCAUGCUUUAUAAAAUAAAUAAAUAAAUAAAAACCUUUAUUCAUUUUACCUCAUUGGCAGAUAUUUUAUUUUAUUUUAGGCAAAAACUCAAGUUUAAAUAUAUUUCUCAGAAAACAAGACUUCUUAUCUUAGAUAAUUUUGUUUGUCAAAUAAAUUAGGCUACUUAUUGAUUUAAGUAUGUUUAGAUGUUCUCUUCUUGUGUUCACUGGAAGAAAGUAAGUCAUUAAAAUAUGACAAGAUUUUUUGGGGAUGAACUAUUAUAGGAUGACCUAUAGUAAUUCUACUCUUCCUGAACAACCACACAUUCCUCUAACAAACGCUUACUGUAUAGUCAACAUAUGUGAAUUUACAAGCCAUGUUGCAUGUUAGUGAUAUUAGGGUACAUGAAAAGCUUCUUUUGGUAAUCCAGUCUUCCCCGAUUUCCAUUCAGCAGAGCUCAUCCCAGCUCUAUAAGGGCAAGAGACCUUCCGUUGACCCCACAGCACUUGAGGAUUUCCUAGGAUGCGGCUCAGUUUUAAUGUGAACCUUGUUUGCUGCCACAUUAGUCAGGGAGAGACUACUCUCUUGUUUCUGAAAAAAAAUGCAGAGAACAAAAUGUAUUCUGGUCCUAACGUUUUGUUUGAAAUAAUGUGGCACAGGAAAUUGCACUUUGUUGAGAGAGAUUUCAGUAGCUCAACGCUUAUUAAUGUUUAUUAGAAGACAUUUGAUCCCUCGAAAAAAGAAAAAAAAAGAGAAAAGUUAAUUAUAAUUUUUAUUGCGCUAUUCUGCAGAGCAGAAUAAAAUUUGACAGCACUGGGCAGCUUUCUGAAAUAUCAGCAGUCAUCUGUGGCAGUCACAACUGCUGCAAAUUUUAUAUAUUUGGCACGAAUCGACAGUGUUGGAAUCAAUUUUGUGCACUUUUUAUUGUUUUUAGCUCAUGUUUUGCUCUGUGAUGGAAUAGCAUGCUACAAACAAGUGAAAUGUUCAUAUUCUCUUCAUAUUACUGAUCGUAGGAAACAAAAAACGAGAGCAAGAAAGACUUUUGUAGUUGGUUUAAUCACCUAAGAGGUGAAUAUCCUUCCAUUUUCAAUCACGCAAAAUUAUAAACGAAUCUCUCUUUGUAGACACUGGAGUUCUGUAACAUAGUACAUAGAAAUAAUAAUGACCUUGAUGAUGAUGAUAAUAAUAACACUUAUGGUUGUCUGUUCUUGUUGUUUUUUAAGUGUUGUGAAAAUUGUAAGAGAGUUAAAAUAUUUAAAAAGAAAAAAAGUUGGUCUUGUUUUUUUAAUUGCUUUUGUUUUGUUAUAUUAUAUUACUGUGUACCUAUUGUAAAUAUGAAGCACACCUAUUUUGCAAGCCAAGGAUUCACUUUGUACUGUUGUUAUAUAUAAAUAAAAUUUACUGGUUAAA